AUGGCGCCAUCCCAGAGACCGAGAAAGAAGAUGGUGUCCAGAUGCAACCCGGAUACGGAGCGGGGCACGCUCGUGUUCGACAUCGCCGGCUACAGCCUGCUCAAGGGCAUGCGUGACGGCGAGUUCAUCCGCUCCGCCUCGUUCCCCGUCGGCGGCCUCGACUGGUGCAUCCGGUACUACCCUUGUUUCACCAAGAAAUCUGAAGGUUGCAUCUCCAGCUUCCUCGAACUGAUGAGCGAACCAACCGGGACUGGGGUAAUGGCGCGCUUUGACUUGAGGUUGCUCAACCAAGCCACCGGGGUCUCCACGGUUUUGAUAGAUCAGGUGAAGCCAAGGCUGUUCGACAGUGUGAACCCGACCUGGGGAAGUAGCAUGUUUAAGAAGAUCAGCGAACUGGAGGCAUCACCGUACCUGCAAAAUGACCGCAUCGUGAUCGAAUGUGACAUCACUGUUGUCUUGGGGACGCCGGCUUCUGCGCUGGAGACAGUUUGUGAGAUCCAAGUUCCACCCUCAGGAUUAUUGGAUGAUCUUAGGAAAUUGCUGGAGGCGGAGAAGAGGACAGACAUCAGAUUCAAGGUUAAAGACCAGGUUUUCGGAGCCCAUAAGAUUGUUCUUGCAAUGCGAUCGCCUGUCUUCGAGGCGGAGCUAUACGGGCCAAUAGCGGAUAAGCAAAGGUGUGCAACAAUUACGGUUGAGGAUAUGCAGCCUGCUGUUUUCAAAGCACUGCUUCACUUCAUCUACACAGAUUUGUUGCCAGCGAUGGAUGAUCUUGAGGAGGAUGACAAGGAAGAAAUGGUCAAGCACUUACUUGUUGCUGCAGACAGAUGUCUUUGUUCUUCUGGGAUAAACCGCACCUCGAGUCCGGCUGCUACAUGCACGACAUGUGCAAGGCCAGCGGAAGGGUCGUGGCCACUGGCCAGCGUGGAGGUGCCGCCCUACGUGACGUUCCACUUCAUCAACGCGUACGAGGAGACGGACGAGGGGCGCGUCAAGGCCAUCGUCUCCGACUGCUGCGAGCACAACGCCGACACCUCCAUCCUCGACAAGCUCCGCCUCCAGAACCUUUAA